GAAGUUUCAGCAUCGAGUUCACUGCAAUAUCCAACGAUGCACCGAGUAACUUGUCUGUUUGUUGUUAUUAUUACCCUCCUUACCGUCUGCCAUGGUUACAGCAUCGAGAAAAUCGUGGGAGGAUCCGACGCUCAGGAAGGCGAUUUUCCGUACCAGGUAUCCCUGCGUAGGUACAACAUGCAUUUGUGCGGUGGAUCAAUCGUAAACGAACUAUGGAUCUUGACAGCAGCGCACUGCGUGAGCGGCCAGAAUGCGAUGUGGAUAACCGUGGUUGCUGGAACGAAUCUACUGUCGGAGGGUGGCGAUUCUUAUCAGGCGGAAAAGUUGAUAGCUCACAAAAAAUACGACCCCUUCACGAUCGGUAACGACAUUGCCCUCGUCCGUCUAGCGUCUUCUAUUGUCUUCGGUCCAAAAGUACAGCCCGUUGGUAUGCCGUUCAAAGAUUCCGACGAGGUCGAAUCCGACGUGAUCCUUUCCGGCUGGGGGAGAACUUCCUAUCCGGGGGGGAUUCCUGACGUUCUUCAACGGAUUAAUCUUCGCACGAUAUCCGGAGAAUCUUGCAAGGCUGCUUUCUCGAGCAUUUAUUUAUCAGUAAGAGACAGCAACAUCUGCACUUUGACUCAGGAAGGAGAGGGAGCCUGCCACGGCGAUUCCGGUGGUCCGUUGACGACAACUAACGGAACGCAAAUUGGAAUUGUUUCCUGGGGCAUGCCCUGCGCGAAAGGAUAUCCAGACGUUUACACGCGUGUAGCGAGUUUCACGGACUGGAUAGAGGAGAAGAUCGAGCAAUAUAAAUCGGAACUCCAUCCUUACCCUCGUCAAGAUCCCUCUGCAAGUUUGGAUAUCGCAACCGCAGGCAAAAUGUUGCGGCCAAUCUCUGCCGUCAGCCUUCUCGCAUUAUCGACGAUAUUGUCGUCGACGGUUGCAACAGCCGACGUGGAAGACGACACGACCAAGAUUGUCGGUGGAACAUCAGCGAAGGAUGGACAAUUUCCUUACCAAGUAUCGCUUCGUUCGAAAAAUCGUCACUUUUGCGGUGGUUCGAUAAUAAACGAGCGAUGGAUACUGACUGCGGCGCAUUGCCUCUACGGAUCGAACAACGACAGCGUCACCGUGGUGGCCGGAACUACUACCUUAGACAAUGGAGGCGAUUCCUAUCAAUCGCUCAGAUUAAUCUGCCAUCCGAGUUACAGCCAGAUACUAAUUCGCAACGACAUUGGUCUGAUCGAAGUCGAGAAGCCGAUAUUAUUCACGGACAAAGUCCAACCCGUUGCUCUUCCAAUCGAAGAUUCAGAUAAACCUGAUCAAACGGCCGUCUUGUCAGGCUGGGGAACGACGUCGUAUCCGGGAAAAACGCCAAACGAACUUCAGCACAUAACUCUGAGCGUCAUCGACCAGAACGAAUGCCUCAACACAAGCUUUCGCGUAACGAAGAGCAAUAUCUGUACAUUGAACAAAAUGGGCGAGGGCGCCUGUCACGGUGAUUCCGGAGGUCCGCUCGUUUCUGAAAAGGUACAAAUCGGGAUUGUCUCGUGGGGAACACCCUGCGCUAAAGGAAAACCCGACGUUUUUACCCGGGUAUUCAGCUACGUCGACUGGAUAGCAAACAACACGAACGUGUGACGGAUAUCAUUAGUACCUACGUAAUUACAUACAUUUAAUUUGCGCUUCUUUGUUGUUACUCUGUAUAAUAAAUCCGAUUAACAAGGCUGAAGUUAGUAACGUUAACACAACGAAACGUGAUGGAGAAAAUCGUUGCCGUACAAUUUUAGAACGAUUUUCCGAGAAGUUUACUUUUCAAAAUAUGAACAUAUUUUCUUUGCUACAAUUUACUUGGUGAAUUUCAUACAGUUCUAAGGAUCAAGACAACGAUUUUUCCCAAAAAUCCAUCGCUAAAGUAACGUUACUACCCUCAACCUCGUUCCGAUUAAACAAGUGUAAUGAAACAUGUGAAUUAAAAACUAACCGUAAGCGAAAUUCUGAGAAAUCCCAUGUGUAAUAAAAUUAUAUACGCUGAAAACUACUUAAAUAUAAUAUGUGAGUAAAUACUGCGCUUGAAGAUGAACAGUGUGAUAA